AUCUUGAAGGUUCGAGGGUGCAAAAACUCCCUAUGAGCUCCCAAUUUGAAGGGAAAGAUAAUGGUUAACGUAAUAACCUAAUUGCUCCUGUGGAUAUCGAACCAAAGGAAGAAUAUCUCCUAACGGGAAGGUUCAUUACAGAACAAAUAAAAAACCGUAUGAACAAGGUUGUAAGGAUUGCUCAUUUACGAAACGUGUUGAACUUAACGAACCUGUCAUUUCCUUGAGUCAGUUUCAUUUCACUUCGUAUAUCUGAAUCUUAUCAAAGUAUAUCCAAAUCGUUAGAAUUCAUUCGGAUAAAAUUUAAAAGAUCGUUAAUAUUUUACUUCGUAAUUUUUUUCGAAAUUAAUUCUAUAAUCAACACAUAGCGUAAUGUUUUGUCGUUUCUUAAAACUGCAUGAAAUGUGUGAGGUUGUCAAGUGCUUUAUGUUUGUGACAGCAGCUGAAUUUUAUUCAACCUUGUAAAGUUAACAUUAUUUCUUCUAAUCAAAUAGAAAUCCACACCGAUAUUCAAUGACAAAUGCUCUGCAUUCGGUGUGCACCCUAACUUGCUCUUCCAUCUAAGGCAUCCGUCGUCUAUAUAAGGAGAGAGAGCCAGAUUGUCAAGCUUCAGGCUCCAGUAAACCUAUAGCCGCCUACAGCUAACGCAGCGCAACAGUGGAAAGAGCGAUUCUGACUGAUUUUGACAGUUGUGUGAUAUAUAUUUUUAAGUAGCGUGAACAAGACCAGAGUAAGAAAGGCCGGAUUGUUGUUUGCUCGUGUACUAAGAAAUGAGUGUAUUAACUUUACCCGCAGGACGAUAAACUCAUGUCCUGAAAGCCACAAGAGUAUUCUCUAUGAAACAGAAACCUUUGCGUGACGUUUAGAAGGUAUUUCAAGAUUUAAUACGCGACGAGAGACGUACCCUGGAAAUAGUGAAGUUUCCAGUGAAAACAAGUUAUAUGAAGCGAUUGUAAGACCGUUUUUCAUUGUAGUAUUCUCAGAGCCUCUAAUUAUAAACUUCACAAUGUCUCGAAAGAUUAGUCAAGAUGCUUUCAAUCAACUUGUGAAAGAAAUUGUCACUGAAUUAGAAGUAACCCCUGAAGAAGCUGUAGAAGAUGCUGUGCUUCAAUUACAAGCUCAGGGAGUCGAUCUGACAAACAUCCGAAAAUCGAUUGCAUUGAAUUUCAUUCCGCCACAAGAAAUUCGACCUCUUGAAAUUGCAGUUAAUAGUCUUGAUGAACUCCUUCACGAAGGUGCUGAUAAAGAUGCAAUUAUUGACGAUGUUAAGUUUCUUUGUGAAGCAUGUGGAAAAAGUACUGGUCAUAAAGUAUUCAUGGGUAAAACUGAUUUUGUGAGACUGGCUUUUGAUAUAUUGCAUAGAUUUCCAGAUGAUGUAGAGUUCUGUGCCAUGGUAUUGAAAGCUCUGAUACAUAUCACUACUGACCAGCCAGAUAUUCUUGGUUCUAACGUUGGUUACAACAUGUCUUUAUUCUUAGAAAGAGAACUUGAUGAAAACUGCCUUAAUCUAUUACUUACUUGGAUGAAAGUGGCUUGUAUUAAACACGAAGAAAAUCGUCAAAGCAUUGUGGAAUCUAACUGCAUACCUCUACUAAAAAAUGUGUUGGAAAGUUCACUGGAAGUUCCCUCAAUAAUCAAGGGAGUGUUUUCAACUUUUAGAGCUCUCACACUUGAUGAUGACAUACGUGUUGAAUUUGGUCAAGCUCAUGAAAAUGCUAGAAAAAUUGCAGAGGCAACAUUGGCAACCAUGAUAAAACUUUUAAAAAAAUAUAAGUCUGAGAAAGAAGUUGUUGGUGAAGUAAUACUGACCCUUUCUGCUGUGAUAGUAAGAAAUGAAUAUUGUGAAAAACUUCUUGACAUUCGAGAAGGUGAAAGUUUAUCCUACAUUCUAGACGUAUUUGUCAAUUUUCCUGAUAGUGAGAAAUUGAAUCGUCAAUGCAUGCGGCUUUUGAAAGUACUCGCUGGUAGUGACAAAGUGAAAGGUGAAAUUAUAAAAGCUGGAGCAGCAUCAAUUAUUGUCAUGGCCAUGACAAGACUUCGGCAAUCAGCUCAACUGAUAGCAGCUGGUAAUGGUUGUAUUGCUGCAUUAACUUUGAGAAGCUCCUCUAACAGUCAAGCCUUUUGUGAUGCAGAUGCUCCAGAAGUAAUUCUGGAUGGAAUGAGAACACACAAACAAGAUCUUAGUGUGCAGAAACAAGGCUGCUGGGCCAUAAGAAACAUGGUAUCUCGAAACCGAGACAUUUGCCCAGUUUUUCUGGAGCUGGGUGCAGAAGAAUUAAUUAAUUAUAUUCUACAAACAUAUUCUGAUCAAUGUGAAUAUGAUGCUAAAGCUGCUCUGAGAGACUUGGGCUGCAAAGUAGACUUGCGAGAGGAGUGGACUGGAGAGGGUGGAGCACUCAACUAGUUUUUUCUUUUCUUUGAAACUAAAUCACUAAGGAAAUCACUUUAUGGCAAAAUUAAUUUUUUAUGCUUAUUAACUGAUCUUUUGCAUUGUUAACAUUUUUAUACAUUAAUUUGUUAAAAAUAAAGUUAUCACUUUUGUCAAAAUUAUUGGUGCUGUUGAAUGAUUUAUCCUACCACAUCCAGCAUCUCCUUGCAAGAUGUGAAGUAAAGAGAGAUUUUAAAACUGCAAUUGUAAUAUUGAUUCAUUUGCAUUUUUGUUCUGAUUUGAACUUUUAACUAAUGCAACUUAUCAGAAGAAAAUAUUAUUCUAAUGCAGUGGAAGGUAUUUCGGGAUUGGAUUCACUAUUUUUCCUUCCUCUUCUUGGUUUCACAAUAGUGUGAUUUUCAUACGAAUAAUUGGAAAGUAUCUCUGUAUCUGCACUGAAGAAAAAUAAUCAAAUAACCUGAUAAAAGGCCAUCUUUUAUUCAAAAAUAUAUUUUCCAUUUCUGUUAUGUAGAUGAUGCAACUGCUUACUCAGUUGCAUCGUCUUUCUUCACACGGAAAGGUUGAGGCACUGCUUCUGUUCCACAAUCAACUAUCACAACAUUCUUUAUAGGUCUAUCGUCUGAAUCGGUUUCAACAUUUUCAAUUUUUCUAAUAACAUUCAUUCCUUUUGUGAUUUUGGCAAAUACAACAUGUUUCCCAUCCAACCAGUCAGUCUUGAUUGUAGUCACAAAGAACUGAGAACCGUUGGUGUUUUUUCCACUGUUUGCCAUAGACAGCCAUCCUGCCCCAUAAUGUUUCAAAUGAAAGUUUUCAUCGGGGAAUGUGUCGCCGUAAAUACUCUUGCCUUUUGGGAAGAAAAAAAUGUUCAGCAAACAAAUCUCUGAACUGUCUGACACUCCUUUCAUUAGGUCUCACCUCCAGUUCCAUUGCCUUUGGUAAAAUCUCCUCCCUGGAUCAUGAAGUCUUUAAUGACUCUGUGAAAUAUACAACCUUUAUAACCUUGUCCUUUUGGUUUUGUAGACAGUUCUGCGAAGUUUUUAGCUGUUUUGGGUACAAUUUCACCGAAGAGACCAAUUUCUACCCUUUCUGGCUCACUUUUGUCAAUUUGUAUAGCAAACCAGACCUAAAGGAUGAUAUUUUAAGAAAAUGAAUGUUGACAUUUGUUCUAGGUUAAUCCCACUAGCUUAACAUAAGUUGUUUCUCAAAAAGGAGCAUAAUAAGCUGAACAAUCA